UUUUCAUUUAUUCUGUCUUAAAAAAAAAAAAAAAAAAAAAGGCCGCCUAUUCUGCUCUUUGUUCUCCCUGUCUCCCAGUCCGGUCACGCUAUCGCCGGCAGUUCUGGAAAUUUAUUUGAUUUCUCUUUUUUGGAGGUAAAGAAAUUGCAAUUGGAGUUUCAACGAACGAACAUGCUCCUGGAUGCUCAGCUGUAGAUGAAGAAAUCGAAGCAGCAAAAGCCUUUGAUUCGCUAAGGCACUCUAAUGAUCGUGAUGUUGCUCUCAUGAUUCUUGUGGCUUAGAUUGGAUUAUGGUGAACCAAAUUUUAAAAGACCCUAUCAACUUUAUUGACCCUAAAACCAGCGAUUUAUCCAUUCUCGAUUUCUUUCUUGAUUUUGAUUCUAUAAAAGAGUGGUUUGAAGAUAACCCAAAUUUAGAUAGGAUUGGUUUAGAAGAGUGAAUUUGGGGAGCAUUGAGAACAGUAUGGAGAUUGGUAAAGAAGAUAAAUUUGAGAAAACCCAUCUUGGUGACCCAAGUGUUGGUGGUUCUGAGCUAAAUGUUGAUUGGUUCAAGCCAAUUGUUUGUGGGUCUGCACUGGUUGGAGGUAAGUCAGGAAGUAUAGUGAAGGUGGAAGAAGAGGAAUCAAAACCUGAAGGCAAACUGAGUUCAUCUAUUGAGGAAGAGAUUGGGAAGGUUAGUUUGGUUGAUGGAUUAGAGAGCGGGAGUAGUAGUUCAGAGGAGUCUGAGAGUGAAAGUUCAUCUUCAUUGUCACCUUCUAGUAGUAGCAAUGAUGAUGAUGAUGAUGAUGAUGAUGAUGAUGAUGAGGAGGAGGAGGAGGAGGAGGAGCAAGAGGAAGAGAAUAAAGAAAAACUUAAGUUGGAGAUCGAAAGGGAGGUGUAUGGUGCAGAUGAACUUGAAGAAGGUGAGAUAGGAGGUAUUGAUGGAGAGAUAAUUGUUGGUGGAAUUAGUGAUGAUGAAGAGGAGGAUGAAACGGAGGAAAUCCUCAGUGCAUAUGGUAUUGAAUUUGAUGAGGUAGAUGAUGAUGAGGAGGAUGUUGGUGCUGUGAGAGGUCCUAUCAGGUCUAAGAAUGAACUUGAGGUUCUCCCCCCUGUUCCACCAUUGGAUGUUACACUGCAACCCCAUCACCAGAUGCUACCUGUUGGAAUCGUUUUGUCGAUGAUUGGAACCAAAGUUGUUGUUGAAGGAAGAAAGCAGCACAACCCUCUGAAUGAAGGUUCUAUUCUCUGGAUAACCAUAGACGGAUCACCACUGGGAUUUGUGGACGAAAUCUUUGGACCUGUAAAAAACCCCUACUAUAUAGUACGAUACAAUUCAGAGAGUGAGGUCCCUGCUGGUAUCCAUGAAGGCACUUCGAUCUCUUUUGUCCCAGAAUUUGCUAGUCAUGUUCUUAAUGACAAGAAUCUUCGUAAGAAAGGAUAUGAUGCAUCUGGUGAGAAUGAUGAGGAGUUGUCAGAUGAUGCUGAGUUUUCAGAUGAUGAAAAGGAGGCUGAGUACAAGAGGAUGCAAAAGAUGACAAAGAGAGGCAUGAAUGACCAGAAAGUGGGGAACUGGAAAAGCAAUAAAAAGAAAGUUAAAAGUAGGAAUAGGGUGUGGAAAAAUGAUAGGAACUCAGCCCAGCAAACAUCAACAUUAGGGGGUCAGCUUCCACCUAAUAAGAAUCAACAUAACUUCUCCACAGUUUCAGCAUCUUUGGGUAAUCAAAAUUUUUCAUCUUCUGUCGUAGGAGAACAAAAUUUUAUUGGUGGAUCUGGCUUUGUUUCUCCAUUUUCAGUCAUGCCACAGUCUUCUGGUAUUAUUACAUAUUCCAAUGGAGCUUGGACUAAUGGGAUGCCAGGCCAGCAGCAACAAAAUGCUAUUUUUCCCAACAAGUUUUCUGCAGAAGGUUUGCCAUUGCUCUCACAGAAUUAUCAACAGCAGCCAAUUCCUUUGCCAACCCCGGCAAUGUCUAUGCCCACCAUGAUGCCAUAUCAGCAGCAGCAGUUUGAUCCUAGUUUGAGUACACUUCCUAAUACGAUCUUACCUGGUGGCCAAUCAAGUUUAUUUGCUAGACCAACCUGUGCACCUUGGCUGGGGAUUGCAGGUCAAAAUGGUAUUAGCCAAACCACAUUUGGAACGGGCAUGCAGGGCCAACAGUUACUCAAUGCAUUGCAAGGUAUCUUGACAAAUGGACCAAGAAUAGAUGGGAACUGUAAUUUGCAACCUAAAGGUGUUCAAGGCAACCCUGAAACAUCCCAGAAUUUUAGCAUGGGUGCAUCAUCAAGUCGUGGAAAAAAACCAUAUCAUAGAGGUCGCGGUCCUUUUACUCGCGGAAAAGGUCAUCAGCAAUCCUAGUGAAUUGUAGAUUAGAUUGAGUGGAGACUUGGACCUUCAAGAGUUGCUAGAUUUUAUGCAAACUAUAUUUUUUGUGUAAUUUAUUGUUGAAUGAUUGCAAUUUAUUGCGGCAAUAUAAGAGUUUUUUUUUUUUUUAAAUAAAGCGGUCUACUUCGUUUAAACUAUUUCAAUACAGUCGAGUGAUCAAGGAAAUCAUUACACUCUGACCGAAGGUAGGGUAC